GGCCUUAAACUUCCAUUGGCCUAGACUAAUCAUAUGGUUAUCCCACCUUAUAUUUAUGUCAAAUUGACUUAAAAAAUACCAAAUAAACUUUUACUGCUGCGCUUUAAAAAAUGCUACUAAAAGAACAGUCCGAAGAAAUCACUUCCCAAGAGGAACUAAACCUCGAUGAAGCUAUAGUGGCAGAGAUUAUGGUGGAUUACGAUAAAAACAGAGCGCUUAUAGAAGCUUACAGGAAAUCGAAAACCAUUCAAGUAGAAACAAAUCCGGUACUAGUUUCUGUAGAAAACUUGCUCUUCAAUAUCAUCAAACCCGUCCUCAACGAGAUCCUGUAUAGAAUACACUGCGAAGACGGCUUUUAUAGGCCGAGGAGCAGUUUCAACGGCUUGGACUACAUCAGCGAGUUCUUUUACAAUUCCAAUCCCAGAUACCCGGAGAGGAAGAAAAACUGGACCUACAUCUUCGACAUCGAUUGGGUCAAGGAGUAUUUACAAACCAGCCCUAGACCUUAUUACCCCAUAUCACUGCUGAUGACUAAAAAUACUGCAGCGAAAUACAUACAGGCCCACGUACGAGGCUACUGGGUGAGGAAACGGGCCGAUCUCGAGGAAAUUAGGCAAUUUUGGAAGACUAUUAAACUUGAAAGAGAUUUAAAUGGAAGGUUAUCAUUUACAAGAACUUUAGACGAAUCACUGUAGUAGAUACGUUAUUUAAGUUAUUGAAAUAAAAAAUUCACGUUUAA